UCAAAGGCUUGAAAGAUAACACGUGGAAUAGAAGAACCACCCAUAUCUUCAUCCAUGGAAGCAAAAUCUCUCCGACAUAACUCUCACACACCAUGCCAUGGCGUCUUCUAUGACACAAUAUCCAUUUUUAUCCAACAUAUUAAUCAAACCCUCAACUGAAACAACUCACAGAAGAAACAUCACUUUGAUCAGGGCCCUCAAAGAUGAUGACUCACAGCAACCAGACCCAGUUAAGCUCGCUCUAGCCAGAGCCAAAGCCUACAAGAAAUCAAUCCAAUCAAACCCUACUCCCAAAAUUGCUCAAGAUCCAGACCCUGUUUCUAAAAAUUCAGAAUUUGGCCAAAACAAAGAUGGGUCAAUCUCCAUUGAGGACAAAGAUAAAGGAUUUGAGGAAGUGAAUGAAUUUGAGGUAAUUGAUAAGAAGGAUGAGCCCAAAGUUUCAGCAAUUGACUUUGUGGGCUUAGGGUUUGCGGACAAGAAAGAAGGCAGGGGAUUGCCAGCUGGCUUGAUUCCAAUAAGUGAUCCUUUUCCAUCAGGGGAUUUGCCUGAUGUGGAAAUCAUUGUUGGGGAUACAAGCAAAUUUGGAAAGGAAAAAACCUCGAAUUCGAAUGCGACCACGGAAGAUGAGACCGAACUUUACAAGCCCAAAGUGUCUACAUGGGGAGUUUUCCCUAGACCGAAUAACAUUUCCAAAACGUACGGUGGCGGGAAAACUAUUCGACCCGGAGAGGUGCUCGAAACAGCAGAAUCCAAGGCUGCAAAACAGGCACGCACACGGCAAAUGAUUGCUGCAUAUAACCGGCAGAUGGGUUUACUUAUCGAUCCUAAGUUGAAAGCUGAAUGUGAGAAGGAUUUGAAGGAUGGUGAUUAUUUAAUGGAGAUGGGUAAGCUCAAGGAUGCAAUCCCCUUUUAUGAAAAGGUUAUGGGUAACUUGGUAUACCAGAGUGAACUUCAUGGUUUAGCUGCAUUGCAAUGGUCUAUUUGUCAAGACUCCCUCAACAGAUCCAAUGAAGCUCGCGCUAUGUAUGAGAAGCUGCAGUCUCACCCAAAUGUGGGCGUGAGCAAGAAAGCGCGACAGUUUGUGUUCAGCUUCCAGGCAAUGGAGAUGCUGAAGGUGACAAGCUCGAGUGUUUCUAAACGUAAAACAGGGUACCAGAACUUCUUCGAUGCAUUUGUUGAAAACAAGAACAAUCUGUCCGCAAAUGAAAUCGAAGGCGAAGAUGAUGCAGUUACUCAAGCUUUACCAUAUGUGAUCUUUCUUGUUUCUCCAAUUUUUAUGAUACUGGUAAUUGCUGUACAAAAAAGGCUAUUAUGAGUCAUGAAACAUUUGUAAAUGAAACUGCAUACCGCCCUUCAAAAUGUUUUUGCUCAACAA